GGACCAAGAAUAUAACCCUCCAGUUGAGCCUGUCGCUCGCUCGCUCACUCGGUCACUCACUUUACAGACAAAACCAGAGGCUCAAAUCGGGCGCCACCACCUCAAAACGCGCCAUCCACUCCUACACUCUACACUUGGGAUUACGCUAUCAAUCAUUUUAGCCCCUUUCUCUGUCCCUGCUUUCUCCUCUACAUGGGUUGUACAGCGUCCAAGCUCGACAACGAGGACACUGUCAGGCGAUGCAAGGACCGCCGCCGCUUCAUCAAGGAGGCUGUCAAUGCUCGCCACCACCUCGCUGCGGCCCACGCCGAUUAUUGCCGUUCUCUUCGCAUUACUGGCUCUGCUCUUUGCUCCUUUGCUGCUGGCGAACCACUUUCCGUCUCUGAACACACUCCUGCCGUUUUCCUUCACUCUUCAAAUCCCCCUCCUCCGUCAACUACUUCUUUACCUCCGCGUGUUGCUCCAUCUCCGUCCCCUUCUGUUCACCCACCUCCACCGCCGCCUGCUUUUUCCCCUUCCCCUUCACCCACAAUUGCUAGUUCUAAGCUGCCCCAUAUCCUCUCCGCUUCAAGCGUUAAGUCUGCUGCUAAUCGCCGCCGUAAACCUCCGAAGCUCCCUCACAUACUUUCUGAAUCUAGCCUUCCCUCUUCUCCUCGAAGUUUGAAAUCUAAUUUCACUGGAAAUUUUGAAUAUCCCACAGCUUAUCAAGCGAAUUCGACGUACUCGAGCACGCCAUCACAAGCUUCCUCCGUUUGGAACUGGGAGAAUUUCUACCCUCCCUCGCCUCCGGACUCCGAGUUCUUCGAUCGAAAAGCCCAAAAGCAAAACCAAAAUCACCAACAUCGUCAGCAACACCACUUAGACACUGAUGAUGUACAAGACGAAGAGACCGAAACCGAGACAGAGACUGAAACCGAGAGAUCGGAGUACGACUUUUUCCAAUUACAAAACAAGAAGCACAACUACCACAUCAACAGCAAUACAGAUAACAAGCAGCACAGUACUGUCGACGAGGAAACAGAGAGAGAGGAGGUUCAGUGCAGCGAGUGGGGAGAUCAUGAUCAUUAUAGUACAACGAGCUCAUCGGAAGUGGGGGAGGAGGAUGAAGAUAGGGAGUCCAGAUCCGAGAUCGGGACUCGGUCGAAUUUCGGGUCAUCGGUGCGAGCGGAAUCGACGAAGCAGCAAUCAUUUUAUGGGAAUGCGACUAAGUCAGAUGAGGCCGGGUCAUCGGCGAGUUUCAGAACUGGGGAGAUCUCUGAUAUGAGGAUGGUUGUGAGACAUAAGGAUUUAAAAGAGAUCGUGGAGGCUAUUAAGGAGAAUUUCGACAAGGCUGCGGCGGCUGGAGACCAGGUCUCGGAGAUGCUCGAGAUCAGCAGGGCUCAGCUCGAUCAGAGUUUUCGGCAAUUAAAGAAGACGGUGUACCAUUCUACUAGUAUAUUAAGCAACCUGAGCUCGAAUUGGACCUCAAAACCGCCAUUGGCCGUUAAAUACCGGCUUGACACUGGUUCGCUCAACGAACCGGGCGGCCCCAGAAGCCUUUGCUCCACCAUGGAACGAUUGUUGGCUUGGGAGAAGAAGCUCUAUGAGGAAGUGAAGGCUAGAGAAAGUGUGAAGAUUGAGCAUGAGAAGAAGCUGUCAACACUACAGAGUCAAGAGUACAAAGGACAGGAUGAUGCAAAACUAGACAAGACCAAGGCUUCAAUAAAAAGGUUGCAGUCCCUAAUUAUUGUCACAUCCCAGGCGGUUUCCACCACUUCAACAGCCAUCAUUGGUCUGAGGGACACUGAUCUUGUCCCUCAGCUGGUGGAACUAUGUCACGGAUUCAUGUACAUGUGGAAAUCAAUGCACCAGUACCAUGAAGUUCAGAAUAACAUUGUUCAACAAGUCCGCGGCCUUGUGAACCGAUCAGCCAAGGGUGACUCAACUUCUGAACUGCAUAGGCAGGCAACUCGUGAUCUUGAGUCGGCUGUCUCUUCCUGGCAUUCCAGUUUCUGCCGUCUAAUAAAGUUCCAGCGGGACUUUAUACGAUCUGUCCAAGGUUGGUUCAAGCUCACCCUUCUGCCUGUGAGCAAUGACAAUGUGAAUGGCAAUGUGGAACACUCCGAUGCAUAUGCAUUCUGUGAUGAGUGGAAGCUUUCUCUUGACCGUGUUCCAGAUACAGUUGCUUCUGAAGCCAUCAAGAGCUUUAUCAAUGUUGUUCACGUGAUAUCUGUAAAACAGAGUGAGGAGCUUAAAAGUAAAAAGAGAACUGAAAAUGUAUCAAAAGAGCUGGAGAAGAAGGCUUCUUCUCUGCGAAACAUUGAAAGGAAGUUCUAUCACUCAUAUUCCAUGGUUGGUGUUGGGCUUCCUGAUACUGGACCUGAUAACGGACAGGGAUUGGAUGCUCGGGAUCCACUGGCUGAGAAGAAAUCUGAGCUUGCAGCCUGCCAGAGGCGGGUGGAAGAUGAGAUGGUGAAACAUGCCAAGGCAGUGGAACUGACAAGAGCUAUGACACUGAAUAAUCUUCAGACAGGCUUGCCAGGGGUUUUCCAGGCAUUGACCAGCUUUUCUUCCUUAUUUACGGAGGCACUCGAAUCGGUAUGCAACCGUUCCUAUGCCAUUAAAUAGUUAUACAUUAUUUUUCCAGUUGGAUUUUUGAGGAAAGCUGAAUUCAUGAGGGCUGGGAUUUUUUGGCUGUGGGCUCUUGUGAUAAUUGUUAUUAUUUUUUGGGGGGUAUUUUUGACAUGUAAAUAUGUGGAGCCUUUUUGCGGUUUUGUCAUCCUUUUUUUCUUUCAGACCAACGGGAGGAAAGUAUCUAUGUACAGGAAUUUGGUUGGAUUGUUUUAUCUGAGGUUCAAAAUUCAGCAUGAUGAAUAAAUUAUACUCAUUUUCAAGGCUUUA